CCACGUCAAACCUGACGACCGUCGGCCGCCUUCAUAAUGGCUGCAGUUGAGGUGGCACUUUCGGGUCGCCGUGGUGUUUAGACUGGCGAAUAUACCACUCGCACUCAUCGCAGGCGACACAAACUCCACCUUAAAGCCGUGUUUUAAUUUAUUAGCUGCGUGACUUUGAUAUAAUGUCGCUUAACUCGCGUGUCUUGACGAAUUCCUUCCUCCUUCGAGUCAGCUGUUAUUAGCCGGCGGUUCUUUGCUAGUUAAAUCAGCCUGGAAAGAGACUUUGCUACGGAACAUUAAUGUGUGCUUUUUUAAAGUUAACAGCGUCUCUGUGGUUAAGAGUCUACAGCUAAACUUGAUAAGCAAGCUAAGUUUAUAAUAUGUCCAGUCAAAGCUAAGCUACGACCCCCGCGUCUUCUUCGGCCCUGCUUUGUUUUUGUUUGUUUUUAUUUUUUUUUCUUUUGACUCCUGUGGAAAUGUCAUCGUGGCUCGGAGGAAUCGGCUCCGGCCUCGGCCAGUCUCUGGGCCAGGUCGGCGGGAGCCUGUCCUCCUUCACCGGGCAGAUAUCAAACUUUACCAAGGACAUGCUGCUGGAGGGAGUGGAAGAAGUCGGAGAUGCUGCCACAGAACUACAGGUUUCCAAUUCCAGAUUGGCUGAAGUGGAGACUGCGUUUUCAACUCAGAAAUCUGAGUAUGAGAGGUUGAAAAAGCUUCAUGCGGAGCUGGAGGAGAAGCUGGAGGCGUCGGAGAUCCAGAUAAAACGUCAGACUGCAGAAUACAGAACGCUCCUGCAGCAGAAAGAUGUGGAGAUCAGCCACCUUAAAGCUCGGCAGAGCGGACUCCAGGAAGAAGUCCAGAAGCUGCAGCAUUCGGCUCAGUCCGCCUCCGCCGGCGCCGCCGCAUUUCUGCCCGUCACCACCGCUUCCUCCGCCACCACCUCCUCCUCCUCCUCCUCCGCCGCUUCGUUCAUGUCGCGCCCCUUGGGGUCCCACCAGGGUUUCCACGGCGACGAGGUCGACCUCAGCGACGUCCUCUGGUCACAGCAGGAGAUCAACAGGCUGUCGACUGAAGUCAUGCGCCUGGAGGCCGAGGUGGCACACUGGAGGAGGAUGUCUCAGGCCUCAACAGCGACAGGAUCUGGUAACGGUGACCAGGGUGAGAUUCUCAAACUUCAAAGGACCAUUAAGGAGCUACGAGACGAGAUGAGCCGCGAGGUGGACGAGCACCAGCACGAGCUGGCAGCUGUGCAGGACGCCCAGCGGCAGAAGUUGGCCGACGUCACCCGGCGGCACAGAGAAGAGCUGGCAGAGUACGAGGAGAGGAUAGAGGAGCUGGAGGAACAGAUUCAGAGUGGCGGUGGUCAAGCCGGUGCCUCUUCAGAUUCCUCCAAACUACUUGAACUCCAGAAAACCAUGCAGUCCAUGCAGGAAGCGGAGGAGCAGCGUGAGAAGCAGCGUGAGAAGCAGCUGGCCGAGCUGACCGCCAGUCUGGAGGAGGCGCGGAGGACGCAGGCCGCGCUGCAGCUGGAGAAGGAUGACGCCCAGGAGGAGAACGCCGCGCUGCUGCAGAACUACACGCGGCUGCAGGCGUCCGUGGCCGAGCUCCAGACACGAGUCCAGGAGCAGGAGGGGAAGGCUCUGCAGAAAGCCCAGCUCGACCACGAGAUCCAAACGCUGAGAAAUAACCUCACAGCUGCGGAAAAAGAAAUCGAGAGAUUGAAAAACCAGUCUGAGGCGGAACCAAAGGAAGAAGUCGAGCAUGCAGACAUCUUAGAGCUGAACACCAUAAUUGGGGCGUUGAGACAAGAAAAAGAAGUCCUAGAACAAGAAAAGCUUAAUCUGCAGCAAAGACUGGAAGAGGCAGAAACACAAAUAGUUGUGGGUGAUGACGCGGAGUCUGACGAGGCACUGGAGCAUCUGAAGAUGGAGCUGGAGAGAAGAGAAAAGGUCCUGAAAGCUACUGAGGAGGAACGGGACACUCUCAUCUCCGAGCUGGAGGAACUAGACCGGCAAAACCAGGAAGCAACACAGCACAUGAUCUCAGUGAAGGAGCAGCUCUCUGGGCAGCUCAAAGAGGCCGAGGCAGAGGUGAUGAGAGUGACUUCAGAGCUCAGCACAACCAAGGACCAGAAAAGGGCUCUGGAGCAAGAGCUGGAAAGCCAAAAGGAGAAAAUAAGCCAAAGUGCGUUCACCCUCAACGACCUGCACAGGAAAAAGCAGUUGGAGCAGACGGUGAAGGAGAUGAAAGAAAAACUGGGACAUGCGCAGGAGCAGAGCCGGGACGCCAGGAGAGAAGUGACGGAGCUGAAGAAGACGCUGCAGGAGAAAGAGGAGCAGUUGUCCGUUGCCAAAGCAGAGUUGGAUCGGGGAGGGGAGAGAGAAACCGAAACGCAAGGAGCCAAAGAUGACCUGGCAAGAAGGGAGAGAGAGGUGUCAGACCUCAGGAGGGAAUUGGAUGAGAUGAGGAGCUCUCAUGAGAAGGUGAUGUCUGAAGACUAUGAGCUGAAGAUGGAGAACAGGAGGUUGAAAGUAGAGAGCGAGCAGACUCUGGGUAAAGUCGAAGAACUGAGCGCGCAGCUGAAUGAAGGCCAGUCUGGUUUUAACAGGAUCAUAAGGGAGAAGGACACUCGUAUUGAAGCUUUAAAGCUGGAGAAGAAUCAGAUUGAAAGUGAACUGACGCAAGCGGAGAAGACUCUAGCCGAGCAGGUGAAGCAGUACCAGCAGACCAUCGACGAGUUGACCCGAGCUCGGUCCAUGAACGCCUCCGCUUUGCAGACCGAGCACGAACGCGCCAUCAAGCUGAACCAGGAGAAGGACAUGGAGAUCGCUCAGCUGAGGAGAGACAUGGAGCAGCUGGCGUCGGACCACCGAGACACAAAUGAGAUGCUUUCGAUCACAGUGUCGGGGCAGAAGCAGCUCACAGACCUGCUGCAAGAGAAGGACGUCUUCAUGGAGACCAUAAAACAGAACGCCGCGGAAGUACAGACUGAGAUGGAGAACAGUAUUUCAGUCGUGACCAAGGAGGCUGAUGCUCUGAAACAGGCGUUGGAGGACAAGGACAAACAGCUCGGAGGGAUGAAGGAGGAGAACAGCCACUUGAAGGAGGAGAUUGAUCGGCUCAGGGAUCAGCAGAGCAGACCUCAAGCUCUUGCCGAGCCCCGGACUCUGGACAUCAUCACGGAGCUGGAGACGGAGAUCUCCCAGCUCAAAUCCUCCAAGAACGGACUGGAAGAGGAGGUCCAGACUCUGAGGAGGUCCACGGAGGAGCAGCAGGCUUCCCUCCUCUUGUUGCAGCAGUCUCUGCAGACCCAGCAGAGCGAGCUUGAGCAGGCCCACGCUCGCCACCAGCAGACCACGCUGAACUAUGACAGACUCAUCCACGCCAGGGACGAGGAGAUAACCCAACUCCAGCAUCAGCUCAAUGAGAGCCAGGGCCGAGCCAACUCUCCACCCAUGCAGGGAGAGGUCAUCCUGCAGGAGGACAAGACGCAGUCUCUAAAUCAGGAGAACGGUAACGAGAAGCACGACCUGUCUAAGGUGGAAAUAGAGAAACUAGUGAGGGGCAUCAAGGAGAAAGAGACGGAGAUCAGCCAGCUGAACGAGAAGAACCUGUCGCUGACCAGGCAGCUGGAUCAGCUGGUGGUUUCCCGCGAUGAAGUGGGCAAACUCUCCCAGGUGAUCAUGCAGAAGGACCUGGAGAUCCAGGCGCUUCAUGCCAGAGUCUCAAUGGGCGGAGGACACAACCAGGACGUGAUAUUCUUGCAGCAGCAGCUGCAGGCGUACGCCGUGGAGAGGGAGCAGGUGCUCGCCGUGCUCAACGAGAAGACCCGAGAGAACAGCCAGCUCCGCUCCGACUACCACCGCCUCAUGGACAUCAUGGCGGGGAAGGAAGCAGCCUUGUUGAAGCUCCAGCAGGAGAACCAGCGCCUCUCCAACAUGAGCGAUCCUUCAGGAAGCCAAGAGAUGUUCAAGGAGACCAUCCAGAACCUGUCUCGAAUCAUCAGGGAGAAGGACAUCGAGAUCGACGCGUUGACCCAGAAGUGUCAAACCCUGGUGACGGUGCUGCAGUCCUCGGGAGGAGAGCCCGGCGCCGGCUCUGGAGGCGUCAGCAGCAACCAGUUUGAGGAGCUGCUGCAGGAGAGGGACACCCUGAAGCAGCAGGUGAAGAAGAUGGAGGAGUGGAAGCAGCAGGUGAUCACGACGGUCAAAAACAUGCAGCACGAGUCGGCUCAGCUGCAGGAGGAGCUGCUCAAGCUGCAAAGUCAGGUCUCGGCCGACAGCGACUGCAGCUCCAAGCUGUCGGUGGACUACACCCGACUCAUCCAGAGCUACGAGCAAAAGGAGAGGAGGCUGGGUAGUCUGAGUGUGGAGCUCGCGCAGGUCCAGCAGACCAUCACCCAGCUCAGCUCCACCAAAGACGUCCUGCUGGGAAAACUGGAUAGCGUGGCGCAGACUCCUGAAGCUGUAGCCGCUCAGUCUAGUGGCCCCUCUCUCACGGCCGAAGCUCCGAGCCGUUCACCCGCAGUUUCACCUGUAAACGACGAGAAGCCGCAGGAGGAACUUCUGCAGCUGCGAGCGCAGAUAGCCGAGAAGGAAAACGUAAUCAGGACUCUCCAGGAGAACAACCACCGGCUCUCCAACUCGGCAUCUGCCUCGGAGACCGAGCAGAGAGGUCAGGCUGAGGAGGCCCGGCAGCUCCGGGAGCGACUGGACGCCCUGCAGAGGUCCGUGAGGGAGAAAGACCUGCUCAUAAAAACCAAAGGGGACCAGCUGGUUCAGGUCAGCGAGUCUCUGCGUAACCGCGAGAACGACAACGAGGUGCUGAAGCAGGCGGUGACCAACCUCAAAGAACGCGCCCUCAUCCUGGAAAUGGACGUGAAGAAGCUGAAGGAGGAGAACGAGCUGGUGGCGGCGCGCUCUCGAGAGAAGGAGUCGGAGUUCAGGGCGCUGCAGGAAACAAACAUGCAGGUUUCCCUCCUGCUCAGAGAGAAGGAGUUCGAGCUGAGCGCGGUGAGCGAGAAGGCUGCGACGGUGGAGAAGAUGCUCAAGGACAGAGAUCAGGGUAAAUCUGGCGAGCUGAAUCAGCUCCUGAACGAAAUGAGGUCCAUGCAAGAGAAAGCCGUGUUGUUCCAGCAGGAGAGGGAUCAGGUGAUGAUGGCGCUCAAGCAGAAACAAAUGGAGACCACGGCCGUGCAGACUGAGCUGCAGCAUGUCAGGGACAAAGAGCAGCGCCUCAACUUGGAGCUGGAACGGUUGCGCAAUCACCUGUUGGAGAUUGAAGAUUCGUACACGAGAGAAGCCCUCGCCGCUGAGGACAGGGAGGCCGAGCUGCGCAGGAGGGUGGCGAUGCUGGACGAGAAACUGGCCACGUCCUCGUGUGCCGUGGAGAACGCCAGCCAACAGGCCAGCAUGCAGGUGGAGUCUCUGCAGGAGCAGCUGAGCGGGGUGGUGAAGCAGAGGGAUGAAGCAAUGGUCCAACUCAGAACCUCCCAGGACCAGGUCAACCAGUAUGCAGUGUCGCUCUCCAACCUACAGAUGGUGCUAGAGCAAUUCCAACAAGAAGAGAAAGCCAUGUACUCGGCAGAACUUGAAAAGCACAAGAAGGAGAAGGAGGAGUGGAAAAGAAAAGCUCUGAAGCUGGAAGACCAAGCAUCUGCUCUCCAGUUGAACCUGGAUGAAGCCAACGCCGCUCUGGAUUCGGCGUCUCGUCUCACGGAUCAGCUCGAUCUGAAGGAGGAGCAGUUAGAAGAGCUGAGGAGACAAGUGGAUGUGAGGCAGGAGAUGCUGGAGGAGGCACAGAGGAAACUGAUGAAUCUCCUGAACAGCACGGAGGGAAAGAUAGACAAGGUCCUGAUGCGUAACCUGUUCUUGGGAUACUUCCACACGCCCAAAACCAAGCGCGCCGACGUCCUGAGGCUCAUGGGAAGCGUUUUGGGGCUGAGCCGAGAAGACGUGGAUCAGAUGCUGGAGGACGACGGCCGGCGCGGUGUUACUGGAUGGAUGUCGAGCUGGAUCGGAGGCAGGGGAGCACAGAGCGUCCCGAACACUCCGCAGAGACCCACCAGUGGCCAAGGGCUCAACACGUCCUUCUCAGAGAUGUUCGUGAAGUUCCUGGAGAUGGAGUCGACCCCUUCGCUGCCGGCGCCGAAGCUCCCGGUCCACGACAUCAAGCCUCUGAGCGCCCCGCCUCCCAGAAGAACCGGCGGCACCGCUCCCAGCGCCACCGCAGGAGCCGCGGCAGCAGCCGGUAAGCGAGCUGGAGACUCCAAUCCGUUCCUGGCCCCCCGCUCCGCGGCGGUGCCUCUGCUGGCCGGUUCCAGCUCCGGUGGCUCGGGAGGUCACCUCCUAAUGAAGCCCAUCUCCGACGCCCUGCCCACCUUCACUCCGGUGCCGGUGUCGGCCGAAGCCAGCGGAGGAGCUGUGCUCAAAGACUUGUUAAAGCAGUGACCGGCCCCUUGACGACUGUGUCCGUUCAUCCAGCUUCUCUCUCCACACUACAUGGACCGAGACGUUCGAGCUACGUGUUGCUGCUCUUUUUCUUUUCUUUUUUUUUUACUCCUUGCAAAAAAAAUAACAAUGUUUUUGUUUUGUUUGUUUUUUUUAAUUGAAACAGAAGCUAGUUUUUUAGAUUCAGUUUUACUUUCCAUUGCUGUUCUAUGCAACAGACUCUUCCCUUUACACACCAGUGAAAACGUUUCAACAGUGUUAGGCCUCGACCCACAAAGUUAAAAAUAAUCGAUGACUCUACGAAAUGCAAAAAGGGUUCCAAAGGAGAGCGUUUCCAAGCUGCGGGUCAUUCAGAGUGAGAGCAGUAGUUUUCUUUUGUUCAUAUGUUACGUCUUUUUUUUUUUUUUCUUUUUUUAUUCAUCGCGCCCGUUCUGAACACAAGUGACCUUCUGUACUCGCCGUGUGCAGCACAAUACACGUGGGUCGAGUCUGAUCGUCGCCUCCGAUGGAAGAGGCCCUUCGGUUUUUCAUCCUUUGACUUUCUUUAGACGACGCAGUGAGCUGUCGCUGGUCCAGGCCUCGCCUACGAGCUCUCUGGCAGUGGCAGCCGGCGUAGAGAUUUAUGUGGCUCAGUACAUCUGUUAAAACCAUGAAGACAUUUCUGCAAAAUCUUGUCUUUUCCAGACGGCCAGACUUUGAUAUGCAAUAAGCGUUGUAAUUAUGGCUGCAACUGCUGACUGCGGUUGAUCAGAUGAUUGAGACUGCUCCUAUGUUUAAGUACAGUAUAUAGUUUACAUAUAUAUAUAUAUAUAAACACAUAUAUAUAUGUGUGUGUGUAAAUGGGUGGCGUUUUUUUUUUCCUAUUUAUAGGCACUAAGUAAGCGGUGGAAGUAAAGUGCCUGCAUUUUUGCUAAUUAGACAGAUGUGUAAUCAGGAUUGUAAAUGGUUAAUUUAAAUAUAUAUAUUUACAAAAUGUAAAGAACAGAAAAAAGUUAAAAGCGCACAUUUAAGAGGUUUUACCUGAGCAGGAGUCUGCGGCCGGAGACUGAGCUGCUCUGCAUUUUUUGUACAGACAUCAAUCAGCCGCUGCAGAAGGAAUGUUACAGGGUUUCUCAAUGUGUAUUGUUAAAAUGUAUAGACUGUAAAUCCUCACUGUAAAAGAAUUUUUGUAGUUAUAAAAUCUGAAACUCUGACGCGUCCAAACAAACAAAAAAAAAAUAACAAAAACUACUUUGGGUAACCUUGACCUUGUAUGAUCUUUAAUUGAGCUUAGUACCUGUGACUUAAUUGGAAUUUGAAUCGAAUAAAGGUACCACUGCUGACCCGUGA